AUGGGCUGUGGAAUCGCAACGCUCUUUCCAUACUCUAAAGGGAGUAGUGUGUCUCCGACAACUGUUAGAGGCGAAAAUUAUAUAUUGUCCACUAGUAGCGAUUUGAAGGAGCUGAAGGCGGUGGUGAGGGUCCCUUUGGAGCAGUCGGACCCGCCCCGCAUGCUUGGAAAGGAGAAGUACAUUAUAAGUCAAGGGGCAGUUGUUAUGGACGAUCGACCGGUGGCACAUAUGCCGUCCGCUGGUAUUUUGCUUUUGUACUGCACAACAGACCACAUCGACUUCACAGUGUCAUACCUUGAGCACGACACGAGGGCAAUAUUCGCCCACUCCUUCACAGACAAGGAGCUCGCAGACUCGAAAGAUGACGCCGGCAUCACGUUUUCAUGGGGAUCGUUCUUCAAGUCCCUUGCAUCGGAUGUUCAAAGACAAAAGGCAACGGUGACUCCCGCUCCGGGUGGUGGUAAAAAUGUGAAUUUUACCGUUACCAAUAUAAAAGAGUCGGACCUAAUGUACAAAUACAUUUGCAAGCUUCCCCUUGUCUCACUUCCCGGUGACGAAGACUACAGAGUACGUGUUGUAGAAUAUAUUGUGGAGCCCAUGACUCGAAUGACUCAAAUACGCCGACGCCGGAGCGAGAUGAUUUGUCCACGUCUCUCUCUGGAAUCUCUGGAGUGUGAGCGUGUCGUGCGUUCUGCGAUGCUACAAGAGAGCAAAAAGAAGGUGGAGAGGUUGCUUGCUGAUUUGAAGCCGCUACGGGAAGAAUCUUCCGUGGCGGCGCAGAAAACAAUGGAACUUGCCUUCUGUGUCAAUGAUUUGAGAAAGCGUUUGCGCCUGCUGUGUGCUGCCCCACCCUCAAAGGAUCCAUUAGAUGUGCUGUACGACAAGGGGGGCGCACAGUACUUUGAACACACGACGCAGGCAGUGAAGUAUUACCCGGUUGAAACUGACGUUGACACGGUCGUUUUGGCGUGCAUUCGCGCAGCCUUUCCACUCCCUCCCGGUGCUCCUGCUGAGAGCGCGAUGGACGUCUUGGACCUUCCUGAGCUGCAACCGUUGCUCGACAAUUCUUCCAGGCAGGCUGUGAGGGAUGUACUUGAAAUUCUUUGUGGCAUUGAUAAAUGGGGUUACGAUGUGAUCCGCCUAGAGAUAAUGACAAAUGGCAACUCUCUCUUUUAUACGACUUACACGAUUCUUUAUAAAUUGGAUCUAGUGGCCCGCUUUCAACUUGACGACGCGACACUGCAGCGCUUUCUACUUGGUGUCCAAUCGGGAUAUCACCCCAAUCCCUAUCACAACUCGAUGCAUGCGGCAGACGUCACGCAGGUUAACUACUACAUUAUUUUUAUCGCUGGAAUGAAGGAGAGGUGCCAGCUGCGGCCGGAGGAGCAGCUGGGCGCCGUGCUCGCUGCAGCCGUCCAUGACUUUGAUCACCCCGGUUUGAAUAACAAUUUUCACACUAGAACGAAUGCGUACUUGAGCACACUUUACAACGAUAGGUCAAUCCUUGAAAACCAUCACAUAGCUUCCGUCUUUCAGUUGCUGAAGCACCCGUCUUACAACGUUCUGGCACCACUGAAUGACGAGCAGUUCCGCACUGUACGCGAGACAAUGGUAGAAAUGGUUCUAGCCACGGAUAUGUCAAAUCACGGAACUAUACUGAAGAGGUUCCAGUCGCGCUUGGUAGAGGCUAGUGACUGGAGUGCGAACAAACAGGAUGUUCUUGUGGCACUUUCUAUGAGCAUCAAAACAGCCGAUCUCUCAAAUUGCAUUCGUCCCUAUUACAUAUACUCGGAAUGGUCUUCGUAUAUUGCACAAGAGUUCUACAAGCAGGGUGAUGAAGAAGAGAGGAGCAACCUCUCCAUUUCCCCCUUCAUGAAUCGUAAAACGAGCGACAAAGACUUCCCUGAAGGACAGAAGUCAUUUAUAACAUAUGUGGUGGCACCAAUGAUGGAAGCAGUGGUGAUGUUUCUCCCUCAUCUCCGUUUCACCCUUCAACUGUGCGAAAAUAACCGCACUGCAUGGUGUGAGUAG